AUGGCAGAUAUUUCGAAUCUUUUGGCAAUUCUUCAGAUUCCGGACAGGAAUAUCGAUGCUGAAACUAUACUUACCCAGUUCCUUACCCUGAGCGAUGCUGACAAGGCUACUUAUCGCUUAAGUACGGCAGAGAAAUUAUUCCCUCUUGUCUUUGGAGAUGAUGCUAUAGUACAGAGCGAUGUGAAUUUCUCCGAGCAGAAGGAAACAACUUGGUCUAUCAACUGUCAGCUCACUCCCGGUAUUAUUGUUACUCCGCAAACUCCUCAGGAUGUGGGCAAAGCUCUUGCGCUCUGUCGAUUUCUCGACAUAAAAUUCUCCAUCCGCAGUGGCGGCCAUCUUCACAAUCCAGGGUUCACGAGUAACGACGGCGGCGUGGUUCUCUUGAUGAAGAAAUUCAACGCUGUCACCCUCUCUGAAGAUCGCUUGACAGCAGAUAUUGGAAUCGGUCAAACCUGGUUUGAUGUCUAUAAAGCUCUCCAAGAGUAUGGACUCACAGUGACUGGAGGACGCCAGCCCUCCGUGGGCGUGGCUGGCCUGCUUCUGGGGGGAGGUCUAGCAUUUCAGAAUAGUGAGCGUGGAUUGAGCUCUCAUGGAGUUGUGGAAUAUGAGAUGCUGAUUGGACCGAAGAUCGUUUUGGCAGACUCGACAGUUGCCAAGGUCAACGCUACUAGCAACAAGGACCUCUUCUGGGCUCUGAAAGGCGGAGGUCCUAACUUUGGCGUCGUGACGAAAGUCACCAUGUCGACAUUUCCCAACAAAAUAUGGUGCGAAGGUCUAAUCUACGCGCCCGGAGAAAAUGCGAAUCUCUUCAAAGCCAUCAUGGAUUACCAUGGAGCAAGCGAAAAUGACUCCAAAGCUAAUCUAAUAUGCCACUUCAUGGAGGACGCUACACUGUUCAUUUUCCUUUAUGCCGACCCGGUUGAGCAGAAACCAGCUGUCUUCGACGCCUUUGAUAAGAUCGAGUGUGUAACCCGGGUGGUGCCAUCUAAGGUCUACACAAUCUUUGAGAUUGUUAAUGUCUUCGCAGGUGUUACUGCUACUGAACCUAGGAGCCACGAUAUGCGAGUGAUGACAAGUCGUCCUGACCUCGAUGUCUACAACGCCAUUGAAGCAUGCCGUCUACAGCAACUGGAAGCCGUGAAAAGUGUCCCCGGAGCUCGUAUUAUAAUGAAUAUUCAACCUAUUUCGUCCAGCGCUUCUAGGGCUUGCGAUAACCAAGGGGGCAAUCCUCUAGGCCUAAAGGCAGAGCCACAACAGUGGCUGCUGGUUAUGCUGGACUGGUUGAACCCAGAGGACGAGGCUACUAUGCUGGCUGCAAGCCGCAAGAUUGUCGACCAAGCCGAAGCCGUUGCGAAGAAGAAUGGGACUUACCUUGAUUUCAAGUAUUCAAACUAUGCUUCACGAGACCAGGAUCCGCUGGCUGCCUAUGGAUCUGAAAAUUUGAGCAAGCUUAAAUCUGUUGCGAAGAAGGUCGACCCCCAGAGUGUUUUCCAAAACCUGCAAAAUGACGGAUGGCUGCUUUCGAAGACUACCUCAUGGGAUAAUUGA